AUGUUUUUCAAGGAUGAAGGAUUUCUCAAAGAAAUGAAGGUCAUAUUCAGUUCUCUUUUUUAUCAUUGUCCUUUCUUUUCUUUCUCACGUUUCCUCUUUUCUUUCUUUCCUUUUCUUGACACAAAUAUGAUUUCACACACUCUUGAAACAAAGAUAUAUACUUUCUUCCUCUCUGGCUUUCUCUUUUCUUCAAACGCAGACUGUGAAAGUAGUUUAUCUGGAACAUUUGAUAUCAUCCGGAUUGAUCUACAUCCUUCUGAUCAAUAUAAAUCUAUGGUUCUUGCUGGUCAAAAGCCAGAAAUUAUUAUGGAAGUAUGUACAAGAGCUCUCUCAUUUUGGACCUAUCAAUCCCACCAAGAAAGAAUAUAUCAGGAAUAUGUUGCUAGCAAAGUGAAAGAAAAAGCAUCACAGCUAGAAAAAUACUAUGAAGAAGUUAUUUCAAGAAUUCAGUCUGAAUUGAAUUCCUUGAAAUUACAGCAUACAACCACCAGAAAAGAAAUGGAAACUACAAAGAAAAAAUACAGUGAAGUUACUGAAAAGCUCAUGGAAAAAUCCAGACAAUGUCAAAAAUUACAGGCUAUGUAUGAUGCAUUGAGGAGGAAGUUGAUCACUCCAGUCACCUAUGAAAAAGAAUCAAAUGAAAGGCUUGAUAACAACAACAAUGGUCUUAGAAGAGAACAUUUUAUUCUACCUCUAUCAUCAGCUGACUCCAUCCUACGAAAGUCACAUACUUCACCAGAUGCAGUUAUCAAUGAUGUUUCUUAUGCAGAAAAUUUUGUCCUUGAACCAAACCAUACACCAAUUGCUGGUGUUUUUCACACUGGGAAGAAUCAAAAGGGAAAAUUAAUCAAACCAAUUUGGCAGAAAAAAAGAGGACAAGAAAUGGGACCAAGGAAACAUCUUUUAGAAAAAGAAUUUGGCAGAGCAGAUAAUUUAAACUUGGAUUCAAUCUCAAAACAAAUAUCAUAUUGGUUGAUGCAGAGGUUGUUGAACAUAAACAUCCAUUAA